AUGUCUUCCAUCUAUCUACGGCAACCAUAUCCACAAGUCAAUCCCCAUAUGACUCAGAAGAGCACUACUCAGUCCCCCGAUACUACUCAUUUUGGUUCUUCGAGUGUGGAACUCCCUUACGGUCGAUUUAGUCACGACUAUUCUGACAGUAUCGGGAGAAGAACGAUGAACCAACAAUGUGAUGGAUGUCCUGAUUGUACCCGCCACUCGUAUUCUACAUAUCCAUCAACUAGCUUUCCUACUUACUAUUCUCCAACUCAAGGGAGUGACAAUUCAAUUACUUCUGAGAACCCUCAUACAGAUACAGGUUAUACCUCCUCUCCGCCGCUUAACUUCACCCAACAAGUCAACACUUUCACCACAAGUAACUAUCCACCUCAUGUGAUACAGAUACCAUCUUGGUCUCGACCCUCAACUCCAACAUCACCCUCACCACAUCAACCAUCUCCUCGUUCUUCACCUCGAAUUCUUAGUCUCAAUACACUUCCUGAACCCUCUCCAAGCCCAGGAGCGGUCACGGUCAUACGGCUGCUCAGUGCCGAGCCGAACAUGAUGGAUCCUACCCACAUCUCACGAAAGAGGAAACCUGUGACAGACAACACUCGUUCUCAUCAUGUCUCUCACCCCUUCGUUGACACAUUGUCCCAGGUCGGGGGUACGCUCCUGAACUACCCUCCUACUCCUUCACAAUUCCAACAGGACAAGGUGUUGCCUCGUUUCGAAGAACACAUCUCAACGGACCUCAACGCCGGGAACUUCUCUCGACCCAAUAACGACCUCAACUACUCUGACGGAACAUCCACGGGCAAUCCGUCUAGGAUCUGUUGGUCACGAGCAGGUCGAAAGAUACCUAUCGUACCGUCCGCACAAGAAAUAAUCAAACUAGGAAAAAGUACGCCAUCGUGUGACCUCCGAUCUGCCCGGACGGCCUCCUCCCCACCAAUAUUGACAUACCAACCACCUGAAAUGGGGCGUCAGCGUGGUGCUCCAAAACAAAACUCACAGUCAAGAAGCAGUACACUGUCGCAGAAUUCGUUACGGGUCCCUGUCAAAUCCAUGGUUCUGAAUGCUUCCGGACAUACAAAAAGUACUGAGGGAGUGUCUACAGCAGGCAAGACCGCCCCAAAGGGUGAUGUUCUUGCUGACCAAGCAAAGCAGCCACAAGCCCUAGGAGAUGUGGCCAGUCAUGAUCCGGAUGCUCCUGCCAUUGAAGGUGAUUGUGACGGGAUAGAGCAGACUGGACAGAGUUCGUCAAAGCGCACCGACUUUAUGAAAACCUUGCUGAAUCAGGUUCAAUCUGAUCAGCCCUGGAUGGAGCAGGAACCAGAGAACCAUACGUAG